CACAAGGAGCAGUCACCGCAUGAGCAUCGCAACCAAUGGCAGGCUGCCUUCGGGGGGCAGGAUGACAGUUGCCCCCCCCCGGUCCAGUACUAAAGAAGCAGUUUAGGGCCCAGACACACAGCAGCGUGGUCACAGGGGGCGGGGUUUCGGUCGGGGGCGGAGCCAUCCGGAUCACAGUAUGCUAAUGCCACUACAGGUGCUGCUGGCAUUAAGGCUGUACAGAGGGUUGGUUCUAUAUCGGAGGGGCUGUACAGAGGCUGCAGCUGUGACUGGAUGGUGUAGACUGAGUGUGUGGUGAUUAUAGCAUGCUGUAGCCUCUCACUGCUGUCACUCUGCUGCAGCUGCUGUUCUCCAGGAUUAGCUGGACAGCUAAUUCUGUAGCUAACCACUCCCCUGGGACCAGCCACCAAUGCUCCGAGCUCCUUUUCAGGCUGGUCCCUCCCCUAUUCUGUCUCCCAUCCUCCAGUCUCCUCCCUAUUCUGGGCCAGCCCAGUGCCUCCUGAGUCAUGACUUCUUUUCCCUCCACUGCUUCUAUAAAGUGCAGAAACCAGCCCGGGAAUGGUCAGUACACCGUCAGUUGAAACACCGACGCCGGAAUCCUGACACUGCUUAGAACGCUGGGGCCGGCAUCCCAACUGGGAUCACAAUUCCGGCACCAACAUCUCGACAGCCAGGAUCCCCAAUGACUGACUGCCAGACAGCCAUAAAGCCCGGGAAUGGUCAGUACACCGUCAGUUGAAACACCGACGCCGGAAUCCUGACACUGCUUAGAACGCUGGGGCCGGCAUCCCAACUGGGAUCACAAUUCCGGCACCAACAUCUCGACAGCCAGGAUCCCCAAUGACUGACUGCCAGACAGCCAUAAAGUACUAUAGCUUUCACCUACCACAGCAGGACACACCUGACAGGCGCCGUUCUGUUGCCACCUGGAAUCUCCCUGAGACUAGUUUUCCAAAGUAGGCAACGAUGGCGUCUGCUGAUCUGAGGCAGGAGCUGGACUGUUCCAUCUGCCUGAGCAUUUAUACAGAUCCUGUAACCCUGAGAUGUGGCCACAACUUCUGCCGGGUCUGUAUUGAUCGUGUGCUGGAUACACAGGAGGGGUGUGGAGUUUAUACCUGUCCUGAAUGCAGAGCAGAGUGUCUGGAGCGUCCUGCACUGCAGAGGAACAUAAUGCUGUGUAACAUAGUGGGGAGGUUCCUGUCUACUCGGCCAGAUCAGGAGGAGACUGGGAUCUUCUGCACUCACUGUAUUCACUCUCCUGUACCUGCUGCUAAAUCCUGUCUGCAUUGUGAGGCUCAUCUGUGUGAUAAUCACCUGAGAGUACACAGCAAGUCACCAGAGCACGUCUUAUGUGAUCCCACCACUGCCCUGGGGAACAGGAAAUGCUCCGUCCAUAAGAAGGUCCUGGAGUAUUACUGCCCUGAGGAUGGUGUAUGUAUCUGUGUGUACUGUUCAGCUGGAGAACAUCGGGGACACCAUGUGGAGAUCCUGGAUGAGGCCUUCGAGAAGAAGAAAGAGAAGCUGAGAACUGUUCUGCAGAAACUGACCAUAAAGAGAGCGGAGACUGAGAAGAGAGUGCAGAGUCUGCAGGAGCGCAGGAGAGAAGAUCUGGUAAAAGCAGCUGGUAUAACAGAGAGAGUCACUGCUCUGUUUAUAGACAUCAAGAGACAGCUGGAUGACCUGGAGAAGAGAGUUCUGAGUGAGAUCUCCAGGCAGGAACAGCGCGUUUCACUCUCUGUCUCAGCUCUGAUCCAGCAGCUGGAAAUAAAGAAGGACGAGCUGUCCGGGAAGAUGCGUCACAUUGAGGAGCUGUGUAACAUAUCUGAUCCAGUGACUGUCCUACAGGAACCAGACACAGGUGACGUGUGUGGUACUGAGGACACAGAGAGACGUGAUACCCAGGUCCGUGGUGCAGGAGAUCUGGAUGUGGGUCUCAUCUCAGGGAAAUUACAUAUAUUAUUUGAUAUAAUAGCAGGGAUAAAUAGAGGGAUCUAUGUGCCGGAACCUACAGAUCUAUUACUGGAUGUAGCCACAGCUGGUGAUUAUAUACAGAUAUCAGGUGACAGGAAAACUGCAUCCAGGUCAGAUAUAAACCAGAAUCGCCCAGUAACACCAGAGAGAUUUCAGUGUGAUCAGGUAAUAAGCACCAGGAGAUUCUCCUCAGGGCGACAUUGCUGGGAGGUGGAUGUCAGUAAGUCAGCGAGGUGGAGGGUGGGGAUGUGUUACCCCAGUAUAGACAGGAGAGGAAAGCAGUCAACCAUUGGCUGUAAUAACAAGUCCUGGUGUCUGCGUAGGAGUAAUAUGAUGUUGUUUAAGCAGUAUAGUCCGUACUCAGUGCUACAUGACAAGAAAGAGAUCCAGUUAGAUAACAAGAUCCGCUGUGAUAGAGUGAGGGUAUAUCUGGAUUUUGAGGCAGGACAGCUGUCCUUUUAUGCUCUGUGUGACCCCAUCAUACACUUACAUACCUACACUGCCACCUUCACUGAGCCCCUCCAUGCUGCAUUAUGGGUAGGGAACGGGUGUAGUAUAACUAUAUCGGGGGGAGUCAGGACGGAGCUGGGAGAGAUGAUAAGAAAUCUGCCCAGAGACUGGUGACAUCACAGGGGGAGGGGAUCUGACUGAUGAAACACUUAGCCAAUAGAGUGAUGGUGAUUUAUGUCUGUCUCACUAAUGCUGGGUGCUAGUCAUGGGCAGACAGAUACAGUGAGGUGAGUUGAGACACAUAACUCAGUGGAGUGUCUGGAGACAGUGUCUCAGUACAUGACUCUGUGUAAUGCAAUGCAGACUGUGCACAUGCAGUGAGAGCAGAGAUGGGUGGCAGUGCUGGAACUCGUGGAGGGAGUGACUCAGACAAUCUUUCGGUCGACCACUGAAGGUCGACAGUGAGUAGGUUGACACUGACUGAAGGUCGACACAUGAGGUCGAUGUGGUCAUUAGGUCGACAUGGGCGAGGUUGACACACAAAAGGUUGACACCGUUUUUGGGGGGUUUUAAGGACCUUUUCAUACCACCUCUAUCCAAGUGGGCAUAAGGUUGGUUAUAAACCUUGUGGCGAGCGUUGCGAGCCACCGUGCCCAAAGCAUGUCGAUCGAACGCGUUUCAACUGUUGAAGGGUCCAGAUGGAAAUUCGGGUCAAGGAAACCCCCCCCCCCCCCCCCAAAAAAAAAAAAAAACUGUCGACCUAAUGACCAUGUCGACCUUGCAUACCUGUUGACCUUCAGUCAGUGUCGACCUAUACAGGGCUACCCAAUGAUUCGCACCCGACACAGACAUCAGGGACUGCGUUAUCUAUUCAGCUGCACUGGAUGACGCAAGGAAUCUGAUCCAUCUCCACUGAGUCUGUAUCAGUGUCACAGGCAGUCAGUGCUCAGUGACUCAGACCUCUGGUAAUGUGUCUGCUAUUCAGCUGCACUGGAUGAAUCAUUGAUGAAUCUAAUGAGUCUCCACUGUCACGAAAUUACCCCAUUUAUUUUACUGAAAUAUAAUAAAGGUUACAUUUUAAAAUAUUGUAAUCAUGUGAAAUGAAAUACUUACUCUAUCUAAAAGAGUGCUCCAAACAGCAAUCUAUUGUCUCUGUUGGUCUUUCCCAACAAAACAUUUAUAAGCAUAUUUCAUACUGCUUAGAUGUGUCGCUGUUAUAUUCCUAUGGCAAGGACCCCCCCAUUACCCUACACCCACCCUGAUGUGUCACUUACCAGCCACACAAUACCCCGGCUACCACAUAUCAUCAUGGCCGCCAUGUGACAACUCCCAGCAUCCUGGUGGGAAAUCCCCUCUGACCCCAUCAAUAGAGUGCGACACAUCAUGAGGUGUAACCUAUCACAGUCAGCGUAUGUUCCCUCCUUACCCUGUGUUGUGUCAUUCUGGUUGUGCGACGGGUAUUGUGCUGCUGUGUGUUACUGCUGUAUUGUGUACUACAUACAACGAAGCAUCAAUAAAUGUCUCAUUCUCUCUUUAUAUUCAUUUCUCAGUGUCCUGGGAGGUACAGAAAUGUGUGAGUGUGUGGCGGGGUGUAACAUGUGCAGACAGUCACAUUAUAUAACACACAAUGACACACCAUCAUACAUCAGCCAUGUAACUAUGCAUCUAGUACAGUAAGCAGUGUGUGGCACCUCCUAUAUAUACAGGUCUCCUCUAUAUGUCUCUCUCUCAUAUCUGUGUAUAGUAGCAGACUAGCUGGGCCAUUUGGUUCUUAUUUGGCGUUCUCAGGGAUGUGUAUACAGCAUGUGACAUGAGCACGAUGGUGACAUCCGGCUACAUGCGGCUGGGCCUACGUACCACUCUAUCAGACCCUAUAGUAGAACGUGGGGACAAUAAUAAUCAGAAGCGUUCCUACACCAGACACCUCCAUUACUGACGUUUGGGAGACACCAGUUUGCUUUUCUGACACAACACAAUUUCCGCUGGAUUGUGGUAGAACGAUCAAUUCAUUUAGAAUCAAAGACUUUGUUUUUUGGAAACAUUUUAAUAGUUAUUGAAUGUUCUACAUCUUACAGUAAAUAUACAGUUACAAACUCUUGGCUUAAAUGUUUCAGGGAGAUCUUUAAAAUAAAAAUAGAAACAGAUUUUACAUUUCAUAUUCACAAGCGAGAGCUGUGGGGCUUUCACAGAUUCUAUGCAGCCAGGAGCUUGAAGUUACUGCUUGGAAGACUUUCUACCUUUGCUUAUUUUGUAUUAUUAUUUUUUUCUUUUUAUAUCCCACCAUUAUUACCCAAUAAAGCUGAUAAAUCAAGAAGUCCAAGCUGUAGUUUUUAAAUUUAAUGACCACUGCUAA